AUGACAGCAGAGGAGAAAAGCUCUGGUGCAUCUCCAACACAAUCCCGUGAGGUGACUAUGACAUACAGUUCAACUACUAGAACUACUUCACCUGAAGUUACCACUAAGGCAAAGACAGUCGAACCAGGCACUGAUACUACAUUGGAACCAGCAAGUACAAUGAAAGCAGAGAGAAGCACUGGUGUACCGCCAACACAAUCCCCUGGUGUGACUAUGACACCUGAAGUUACCACUAGGGCAAGAACAGAUGAACCAGGCACUGGUACUACUUUACAACCAUUCAGUACAAUGACAGCAGAAGAGAGAAGCACUGAUGUACCUCCAACGCAAUCCCCUGGUGUGACUGUGACACCUGAAGUUACCACUAAGGCAAAAACAGUCGAACCAGGCACUGAUACUACAUUACAACCAGCGAGUUCUGGUACCCCUCCAACACAAUCUCCUGGUGUAACUAUGACAUACAGUUCAACUACUGGAAUUACUUCACCUGAAAUUAUCACUAAGGCAAAAACAGUCAAACCAGGCACUAAUACUUUAUUUGAACCAGUCAGUACUGGCACACCGCCAACACAAUCCCCUGGUGUUACUGUGGCAUACAGUUCAACUGUGGACCUGAAGUUACCAUUAAGGCAAAAACAGUCGAACCAGGCACUGAUACUACAUUGGGACCAGCCAGUACAAUGA